CUCCCGGCCGAGAGGGGGCGCGCGUGGCCCAGCCCACCGGAAGGAGGCCCACGCCCCGCCCCGCCUACCGGAAGGAGGCCCACACCCCGCCCCGCCCGGCUCCUGUCAGCCCGGCGCCAUGGCGGACCGGCUCACGCAGCUGCAAGAUGCGGUGAACUCGCUCGCUGACCAGUUCUGUAACGCCAUCGGAGUGCUGCAGCAGUGCGGCCCCCCAGCUUCCUUCAGCAACAUUCAGACGGCAAUCAACAAAGACCAGCCGGCCAAUCCCACAGAAGAAUAUGCCCAGCUGUUUGCAGCACUGAUUGCACGAACUGCGAAAGAUAUUGAUGUUCUAAUAGAUUCCCUGCCUAGUGAAGAAUCAACAGCAGCUUUGCAGGCUGCCAGCCUGUACCGGUUAGAAGAGGAAAAUCACGAAGCGGCUGCCCGUCUGGAAGAGGUAGUUUACCGUGGGGAUAUGCUGCUGGAAAAGAUACAGAGCGCCCUGGCAGAUAUUGCCCAGUCGCAACUGAAGACCAGAAGCGGCACGCACAGCCAGCCCCUUCCGGACUCGUAGCACCAGGGGGCAGCACACCGCUGCAAAACUGAAUUGUGGCAAAAGUCUGGUGUGAAACCCAGCUCUGUGCCUACCGGGAGCUGCAGCAGCCAGCCCGGCUCCCGUGGGGCUUCCAGGUGCUCUCAUCGUCGGUAACAACAGCUUUUAGCAAAGCUCAAAUUACAGCCUUUGUAUGAGAAACACUUACGUGGUAGAAUCAGUGGUUCUGUUCUCGAGUUAUACAUCCUAGUGUAUAAUUCUUUGACUUAAAAUAUUAAUUUCUUAGGGUUUUUUUUCGUUCAUAGAUAUGUCUGACUUCAGUCUUAUUUUUUUCUAUACAGGCCUUGGUGUCUAAAGGAAACAGAAGUAGCUUAAGAGUAUCUAUGGAAUUUACUCAUCUGUCUUCAAUCUUGUGUGUUCUCGGUGUAUUUUUUUUCUUUUGUAAAACUCAAACACAGACACACGGUUUAAUUUGCCAAAGUUCUGUGGACGCAGUGCUAGACAAUGAUGUGAAUACAGUGGUGGCCAUCUGUUCUAAUUAACGGAAAUGGUAAUUAAACAUUUGUAUUACUACUUAGCUUAUCUUUUACGGAGCAAGUAAAAGAGUAAGUAAACUUGCUAUUGGCAUCUCAUUUAAAAAUAAAUAAAUCUGCAAAUACCUGG